AUGGUCACGCCAAUCAAAGUGUCCAAAACUGGCUCAGCCCGCUGCUCAAACUCUCCUCUGUUCGUCGGUAAGAUUCGCUCACCAAAGGUCAUUUCAGUCACGAGGGUCAGACAUGCUCGAACUCGUCGGAAAUUACUGAAACGCGAGGAUUCUCAUUGGUACUCCACGGGGAAGAAGGGAACUUGCCGAAAAUUGGGGCUCAAGGUCGUGGCGGCAUCAUCUCACGCGAACCAAGGCUCUGAAGUAUCCGAUGUGUGCGGACCUAGGGUGGAUCGCGGGGCUUGCUGCUCGUCGGAAGGUGUCGUUGCUUCACGGCAAGGGCUGGCGAACGGAAAUUGCUGCUCCUUGAUGUCGCGUGCGGGGUUGACGAGAGGGGGCGACGGCUGUUGUUUGGUCCAGCCGAAGAUUGGCAGAGGGAGAAGGCCUCCAAUGACUCUCGCUGUCGUUAUUCAGAAUCUCCCACCAAUUGCUGCUAAGUGGACGACCGACGAAGGGCUGUGA